UGUACCAUUUUUUUUCUGUUUUUCCUCUCUCUCUCUCUCUUAAAAAAAUAAAAAAACUAAAAAAUCUUGGGUUCCCCACUCUAACAAAGUACCAUUCCAUCUUUCAUCCUCUUGUCUUCUCCUCCUUGUGGUCUCCAAAAUCCAUGUCCAAUGGAAAAAUUACAAUAAUCCCAUGUUUCUCUCCUAAUCUCAAACUCCAAGAAUGUGCUAAAUCCAUCCCUUCUUCAAGCUUGUCACAUAAUGAAGAACACCCAGAUGCUCAAACUGAUUCUUGUCCUAACUUCAACCACAACUUUCAUAUUCUUCAUCCUCUUCAUCUACUUCUACUGCAAAAGAGCCUCAAAAAAAGAGCUUGAAGAGGACAUAGAGAAGACUGAUAAGUACAGCAAACAUGGAGGAGAUCAUAAUGGUGUCCAAGGAGAUGAUGAAGAAUUGUUGGUGACUUUUCAAGGUGGUGAGGACCUCUCAAUCUGUGACAUACUUGAUGCUCCUGGCGAAGUCAUUGGAAAAUCCAACUAUGGCACUCUUUACAAGGCCUUUCUACAGAGUAGCAAUUCUGUAAGGCUUCUGAGGUUUCUUAGGCCGGUUUGUACAACAAGAGGUGAAGAUUUUGAGCAAGUUAUUCGGUCUCUAGGGAGUGUAAGACAUCCCAACUUGGUGUCUCUUCUGGGAUUUUAUGCAGGGCCAAGGGGUGAGAAGCUUCUGGUUCAUCCCUUUCUCAGGCGUGGCAAUUUGUCUCACUUCAUUAGAGAAUGCAAUCAUGAGGCACAGAAGUGGGCCACAAUAUACAAGAUCUCUGUUGGCAUAGCCAAAGGCCUUGAUCAUCUCCACUCUGGCCCUGAAAAGCCAAUAAUUCACGGCAAUCUCAAGUCGAAAAACAUACUCCUCGAUCGCCAUUUUCAACCUCACAUCUCAGAUUCCGGUAUACACCUUCUCCUGAACCCGACUGCUGGCCAAGAAAUCCUCGAAUCCUUAGCCUCUCAGGGCUAUAAAGCCCCUGAGCUGAUCAAAAUGAAGGAGGCUUGUGAAGUGACUGACAUUUACAGUCUUGGGGUAAUCUAUCUUGAGUUGCUUACUGGGAAGGAACCAGUCAAUGAGAACCCGACAACACCGGAAGAGGAUUUCUACUUGCCGAAUUUCUUGCGAAACGCGGUUCUUGGGCACAGAAUUGCGGACUUGUUCCAUCCGAACAUACUUCUCACCAGUUCUGGCACUGAUGAUGAACAAGUCCCGGUUAGCGAAGAGCGGAUUCUCAAAUUCUUUCAGCUCGCAAUGGCUUGCUGUUCUCCAUCACCUUCUCUGAGACCAAACAUCAAACAGGUUCUAUGGAAGCUGGAGGAGAUAGGAAAAUGAUGACUUGGUCAUGAAGAAAAUUUCUCUUCUUCAACAUCUUCAUGAUUCAACAAGACAUGAAAAACAACAACAAGAUGCUGCUGACAAUUUACGUGUACAGAUAGGAAAACCAUAAAAUGUGGAAAGAAAGAAAGGAAUAGUCUUGAAGCAGAAAAGGUUGAAAAUUUUGAACACCCAACAAGGGAAUUGUUGGAUUCUUGAUGUUGAUGUUUACUAAGGAGAGGUAAAACACAAAAGGGUAACAGAAACAAAUGUGACUCACUCACUUUAGCCAUCCAAAAAAGUCCAUAGAACAUGUUAAUUGGGUUGUUUUGUUUGUCGGGAUUUAAGAUCUCCCUAUUCUAUUGGCAAGGGAUCAGAAGCGUGAAAUGGUAAAAUUCCUUGGUCCCAACUUUUUUGGCCAAGUAGUGUUAGCUCAAGCAUGAAGUGGGAUCUUUUGGCAAUUUCUCAAAA